GCGUCUUUUCCUGGUCAAAAGCGAGCGGCGCUUCGAACCAACAUGGCGCACAAUCUGAAGAGGCCGAGCUGCGUCUCUCUUCCUGUCGACCCGCACACACGCGCUCGCGUCUCCGAGACGACUUCAACGGCCACAGCAGCCGAAUGACAUCCAGACGCGCUAAGAACGAGUCGCCGGUUUAUUGAGAAGUCAGUCUGUGCCGAAACUUUACCUGGACGCGCACGCGCGCCCCGGUAGGCUCAUCCGCGCCUGUGUGCGCGCGUGCUCCCCAGUGACGCGCGCGAGCGGUGUCACGGCCUGUGUGCAGACGGGGGGUUGUGCCGAUUGGCUGCCGCGGCUCAACCAGCACCGUCGGUCCGGGCUUGUUUUAACACAACCAGGGGCACUUCGACAGAAACCAUGUAGUCAAUAAGGCGCGGUGUGUGUAUAGAGGACCCGCACAGCAACAAUGAGACUCGCCGUGGCUCUCUGCCGCCGCUUCUUUGCCGUGUAAAGUGACAGAGAAGGGCCGCCGCUGCUGAGGCGAUGGGAGCGAGAGCCUCGGCCUACUACUACUGCUGCAGCUGGGAUUGUGCUGCAACACACACACCGAGAGAAACACUGGCUUUGCAGCACACUUCUCCCCACACGCUGCUGCUUUUGUCGUCACCGAGCUCCAAAUGGAUUCCGUCAUGAAAACAUGAGUCAGUCAUACAGACCUGGCAGGACAGUGUUUGGCUCCAGUCAGCCAGAUCUGGGGUCCCACAAUGGCCAAAUGAGCACCUCCUACGGAAACCAGGGUAGCAUUCUAAAGCGUAAGGCCGACAAGAUCUCAGCACUGCAGCCACCCUCGCCCAGUCUGAAACAGCCGGUUCUUCUGGGGUACAGUCACUGCUACAGCCCUCUCAAGCGCUUUCCGACCUUCAGGAAAGAGGACCCGGCGAAAGAUCCCCACACUCGCAGUCAUGUUCACUGUGCAAGCCCGAUCAGCGACGAUGAGUUUGAGGCGCCGGCGGUCCAUCUACCUCCUUCUCCUGAAGACGUGGAGCCUUUUGACUCCUUGCAGGGUAUCACCCGGAACGGUUUCUCCCCUCACAGCCCUGACUGCUUCGAACGGUGCUCCCCUGUCCCCAAUGACUACCUGCAUUUUGGGUCCACGCUGUUUGCAACCAGGGAUGAACAAGAGGAAGAAGAGCACAGUAGCGACCAUGAGCUGAUGCCUUUUGAGCGGCCCCCCAAGUGGAGUAGGGGUCGAGCUGUUACAGACAAUGACACGAGUUACAGUUCAGGGAUGGACAAGCGGACUUACAAACCUACUGUCUUCAAUCUGAUGUCAAAAACAAUUUCUGAGCUCAAUCCUACACUAAGUCCGAGUGCACUGCCUGAAAUAAUCAUGAGGGAUGAAUGGACUGUUGGGGAGGAGUCGAGCAGUGAUCGAGAGCUGGCUUCCCCUGAGCCGGCACUUGUUUCACCCACUGGCACGGAUUCUAAUUCCAACAGUCCCAAGAAAAAGCUUUCCCCCGGCGUGAAAUACGUCGAGGGAGACCUGGUCUGGGCUAAAUUCAACAGACGUCCUUGGUGGCCCUGCAGGAUCAUGUGCGACCCAGAACUGGGGAUCUACACUAAGAUGAAAGUGCCACAUCCUCGACCUUGCCGGAUGUAUUUCCUCAAGACAAUCGGGGAGAUGGCAGAGUGUGCCUGGGUCCAGGGGAGUGCCGUUCUAGCUUUCGAAGGAGGUCAUCAGUUCGAAGACCUACCUGUUCUGAGGAGGAGAGGGAAGCAGAAGGAGAAGGACUACAAGUAUUCAAUACCCAAAAGUUUAUUGACUGCUUGGAAAGUCAGUGUGGCUGAGGCGGAGUAUUUGCUUCCAACCCAACAGCAGAGCACUGAGUCAGUACCAUCGAUAUCCGGUAGAGGUGAAGCUUGUGGACUAAAACGACCUCAGGAAAGGUCAGAAGAGCAGCUCUUUCUCUCGGCGGAUACUGGCCAGAAAACACCUCAGGGUGUUACCCACUCUCGCAUUUCCAUGCCGAAUAACUCGGAGACGCCCCAAUCCAACCAGAGCACACCGUGUAGGAAGAGAAAGAAGUGCUUAUCGGACAUUUUUGGCCACAUGGUCGGUGAAUCAAGUGAUACUUCUGUCUUCAUGGACUGUUCUCAAACACCCAUCAAGCCACUAAAAGAGUCUGUGGAGUCGCCUUACGCUGACCUUGACACUGUCCCAAUGCUGCAUCGUCCAAAACAAAACGUACCCUGCCCUACAAAAGAUCUUCAUAUACCAGUCAUUAAAGAACUGGAUUCAUCAGACGUCGAACCUUCUUUUAGAGCAAAUGCGACAGAUUUAUUUAGCUCCCCACUGGACUGCUUCACGAACUUUGAGCCAAGUUCCGGCUGCUAUCAAAAACCGUCUGACGCUUUGGGUAGAACGCAUUCAUGUGGUCCUCCAGACUGCGGCCGUUUAAUCUCAAGAACAACAAAUGAGGAUGUGGUGCUCGAUAAUGCAGUGGCCGUGAGCCAGUCCUCACUUCAUGGACUCGCUAAUGGUUGUCAUAACAAAACACCGUCUCCCAUCAGAACUGGAAUCUCUCCUGACUGGAAAUUAUCCCCAGGUACAUUAUCUUCUUCGCAUCAUCGCUCCCCAAAGAGACGAUCGCGGAAACCGGAAAAAAAUCAGAUUCGCAAUGGCUCGCAAAUGAAGUCUAAAAGUGGGAUGUUAAUGGGGAUGCCCAUGGAAAUAAAGGAGGAGGACGUUGAUCGAGGAAUAUCGCCGUCCUCUUCCCCGUCUUCAUCUCCAUCCCCGAUGGAAUCAUUUAAGAAUUUAAAAGAACUCACGUUUCAAUCUUUAGUGAGAGAAGAAUCCAACUAUUCGGACUCUCCUGUGUUUCAUCCUGAUUCCAAUUACAAGUACAGCACCUUCCUGAUGCUUCUGAAAGACAUGCAUGAUACCAGAGAGAAAGAAGGAAAUCCAUUGAUCGUCCCGCCGCCACCCGGACUUAUCAAGGAGGAGCCUCUCAUUAUUCCUACCUCUACAGAUGCACUGAAAUGUUCUGGUGCUGCUAUUGGUCAUGGGAUCAAAACCGAGCCACCGGUUCGGUCGGAUCCCACCGAAGUCACACCUGUGAAACGAAAAACAAAGCCAGUCAUGAAGGUGGACACGUACCGCGUGGGAGAUUGCUUCAAUUACCCCGACAAGCAGCGACGAAAACAAAGUGUUCCUGCCCGAUUGGCAGCAUCAAAGGUGUCCUCAGACCCGACUGAAUCGCUCGACAGCAAAGAGGUAGCCACCGGUGACUCCACCGAUCCUAGAUGUGGACACCCGGCGUCCACAAGUGUUUCUACUGGCUUUCUAGAAAGAAAUUCAGACACGCUUCUGGCUCCAAAGAAGCGCUGGCAGAUGCAGAAGCAGAAUUCUGCUGUUAGAGAACUUGACACGAAUGGCUCACAUUCACCUGGUGCUUCUCCAAAUCCAAGUGUGGAAGUUAGCAAGCCCGAAGAGCAUAACUUUUUGGAAGCACGCAGUGUAACAGGACAUUCACACACCAAGCCGCCCCGCAAAACAGCGAGAAGGCCCGUGGAGUCAUCCCACAAGUUUGAUCAUCAUAUUGCUGCCAAAGCAAAUUCAAAGACACAUGACACCUACAAAAUGGACACUGAUGCAUUCGUUGACUGUGAAACUGAAGAGAUGCAGAGCAGCUCCUCCCUCCAUGACCUUAGCAUCACAUCAGAAAUCUCAACCGGGUCGUUCGUGGAGAGCGACGAACCGCAGGAACUGAGGACGAAUGAAGAGCAGCUUCCAGCUGUUGAAUCAUCCAGAUCCCAACCCUCCCUCAGCCUCGCAGGACAAACUGAUCUACCUCCUCAGUCCGACUCAAGUUCAGAAUUAUCGGAAAGAAAAAGGCCACGGAAGUCAUCACACAAGGUCCUGCCCUGUGCCAUAGAGGAGCUGUCUUCCUCAGAGAAGCCCGACUGUCUGUCUAAGCUGGAGGAGUCCCAAAAGAAUCAUCAGGUUGAGCCUGUCAAGAAGGAAAAGCCGAAACCCUCAUCGCCUCCGCCUCUUGCUGAGCUGCAAAGUGGGCUGAAGAAUGUUAGAGUUCUGGUUCGAAAGAAGUCCUUCAGUCCCCGGCGAUCUAAGAAUCCCAAAAAAGAAAUCUGUGACGAAGAGGAAAAAGAGAAAGUCCACACUGGCAAGGUGGCAGCUAAACCUGAGGUGCAGUCGGUUCAGAUAUGUGAAAACGCCUCCACCCAGAUCGAUGUGAAGGGGAAAAUCGGAGCUGCAUCCCUGAAGGAGAACGUUUGUCAGGUGUGUGAGAGAACUGGAGAUCUGCUGGUGUGUGAAGGUCCCUGCUUCGGAGCCUUUCACCAACACUGUAUCGGUUUAUCUGACGCACCAAAGGGGAAAUUCAUCUGUCAGGAGUGCAAGAGUGGUGUCCACACGUGUUUCGUGUGUAAGGAGUCCGAUAGUAGCGUGAAACGGUGCAUGAUACCAUUGUGUGGGAAGUUCUACCACGCCAGCUGUAUUCUGGCCUACUCUGCUACGCAAACACACAACAAAGGGUUCCGCUGCUCCCUCCACGUCUGUCUGUCCUGCCACAUCACUAAUCCUCUCAACAUCUGCUGCUCCAAAGGUCGCUUGGCUCGGUGUGUGCGCUGUCCUGUUGCCUACCAUGCUAAUGACAACUGCAUGGCAGCAGGAAGCCUGGUGCUGGCCAACAACAGCUUCCUCUGCCCAAACCACUUCACUCCCCGUAAAGGCUGCAAGAACCAUGAGCACAUCAACGUCAGCUGGUGUUUCGUCUGCUCGGAAGGUGGAAGUCUCCUGUGCUGUGAGUCGUGUCCUGCUGCUUUUCAUCAGGAAUGUUUGAACAUGGAGAUGCCUCAAGGCAGCUGGUUCUGUAAUGACUGCAAAGCAGGAAAGCGGCCUCGAAUAAAGGAUAUCCUGUGGGUCAAAUGGGGUCGUUACCGGUGGUGGCCUGCCGAGGUGUGUCAGCUGAAGGAUGUGCCCACUAACAUCAUGAGAAUGAAACACGAUGUGGGAGAGUUCCCGGUGCAGUUCUUCGGCUCAAAAGAUUUUGUCUGGACGUACCAGGCCAGAGUGUUUUCUUACAUGGAGGGAGACACACACAACAUUGAGAAGAUGGGGAAGGGUGCCGACGCAGUUUACAAAAAUGCCCUGGUUGACGCAGCUGAGAGAUUUAAAGAGCUCCAGGCUGAGAAGGAAAUGAAGCGUCUGCAAGAGGACAAAAAGAACGAUAAGAAACCUCCACCAUACAAGCAGAUUAAGGUGAAUCGGCCGGUCGGGAAGGUUCAGAUCAUCACUGCCGACUUGUCAGAUGUCCCUCGCUGCAACUGCAAGGCAACCGAUGAGAACCCGUGCAGCGUGGACUCCGAGUGCAUCAACCGCAUGCUCUUGUACGAGUGCCACCCUCAGGUGUGUGCUGCUGGGGAGCAGUGUCAAAACCAGGCGUUCGCCAAGCGCCAGUACACUGCUGUGGAGAUUUUCAGGACGUUGUCACGCGGCUGGGGUCUGCGGGGCGUGGCCGACAUCAAGAAGGGUGCUUUUGUGAGCGAGUAUGUGGGAGAAGUGAUUGAUGAGGAGGAAUGCCGCGCCAGGAUUCGACACGCGCAGGAGAAUGACAUAUGCAACUUCUACAUGCUUACACUGGACAAGGACCGGAUCAUUGAUGCUGGACCCAAAGGGAAUGAGGCUCGCUUUAUGAACCACAGCUGUCAGCCCAACUGUGAGACCCAGAAGUGGACUGUGAACGGAGACACCAGGGUUGGACUGUUCGCCCUUGAAGACAUCCCAAAAGGGGUGGAGCUGACCUUCAACUACAACCUUGAGUGUCGCGGUAACGGAAAGACUGCCUGUAAAUGCGGAGCGCCCAACUGCAGUGGUUUCUUAGGUGUUCGACCAAAGAACCAGCCGCCAGCUGAUAAAACUAAAGUGAAGGAAGGGAGGAAGCGGGUCGCUGGGAAGAAGAAGACCAAACAACAAGUGACAAAGGAGAGAGAGGACGAGUGUUUCAGCUGUGGGGACAGUGGACAGAUCAUCACCUGUAAGAAACCAGGGUGUCCGAAAGUUUAUCACGCCGACUGUCUCAACUUGGCCAAGAGGCCGGCAGGACGAUGGGAGUGUCCAUGGCAUCAGUGUGACGUGUGUGGUAAAGAGGCAGCAUCCUUCUGUGAGAUGUGUCCGAGCUCGUUCUGUAAAAACCAUCGCGAGGGGAUGCUCUUCAUCUCCAAGCUGGACGGCAAACUCUCCUGCAGCGAACACGAUCCCUGCGGUCCCGAUCCGCUGGAGCCGGGGGAAAUUCGCGAAUAUUCUCCGAAAGGGAAUUCCACAAACCCUGCGGCAAAGUCUGUGUCAUCUGCUGCAUCUUCCAGGAAGACCAGGUCCACUUUUAACCCUGAUCCCCAGCAGCCCCCGCCUCCCCCGCGUCUCUACAUCAACACUAAGACGGCCACCUCCAGCUUCGUGCCCACCAGCAGAUCCUACUUCUCGGGGAGAACUGAAGGGAAAUCAGGGUCCUCAAAAGAAGAUGGUGAAAUAGAGGACGGUGAGGUUUGCAGGUUAGGGAUCGAGGAGGUGGAUGAGGACGAUGAUGAGGAUGAUGAUGAUGACGAUGACGACGAUGAUGACGAUGAUGAUGAUGAUGAAGAUGAAGAGGAUGAAGAAGACGGGGAUGAUGACGAUGCAGAACAUGUGAGUGAAAUGGAGAUGGUAGAGGACGAAGGAGCCAACCUGGAGGAGGAAGACGAAGUAGAGGGGGCUGAGGACGAACAUGAGAUUUGGGACGAUUGUGCUGAGGAUGACAUUGAGGACGGAGAGGUGGAUGGGGAGUACUGGCAGCAGGAUGAAGUGCAAUGAUCCUCCAUUUUUCCAGCUCAAACUACAGACUUGAAAAACUGUUGCUUAAAGAGUGUGCUAUUUUGGUACCUACUUGAACGCAGCACCUGCCUUCGCUUUGGUACUGUGAUGCCUUCUCAUCCUCGUUCUGCUGGACUGACAGCGAGGAUGGUCAUUGGUGCUGCAGCUCCUCGACUGAUACAAUCAGUCGUCCUUGUUUUUGUGUUGUGCGUCCUGUUAGGUUCUCAUUCUUUCAACACUGUUUACAUUUUUUGCCUUUUUAAAAAGUAUUUGUAUUAAAAUGUUUAUCUGACCAAACUGUCAUGAUCAUGAGGGCAUCUGAUGUUUUACAUACUGCAGGAAUGAUUGUUUUACUGUCUCACUGUCGUCAUGUUACAUGUGGAAGCGUCACACAGCUGCUGCUUCUGAAGAAAACAAAAGAAUAAAUCA